AGGAGGAGGAAAACUGAAGGCUGAGGCAGGACUGACUGAAGUCCAGAAGAUGAGUGUUUGUGUGGAAGAAGAAGAGGACAGAGCAGAGUGUCCAGGAUCCAGCUGUCUGUCUAUGAAGAGAAAAAUAUCCAAACAGAGAGAUCCUCCAUACUUCAGUAAUGAACCUGGACCCUCAGACACAAAACCGCCUAAAGUCCAGAAAAUGAGUGUUUGUGUGGAGGAAAAGGAGGACAGAGCAGAGUCUCCAGGAUCCAGCUGUCUGUCUAUGAAGAGUGACUGGUCCAAACAGAGAGAUCCUCCAUACUUCAGUCAUGAACCUGGACCGUCAGACACAAAAGGUCAGGACCACAGGCUGAGAGCAGAGUCUCCAGGAUCCAGCUGUCUGUCUAUGAAGAGUGACUGGUCCAAACCGUUAAAUCCUCCAGCCUUCAGUCAUGAACCUGGACCCUCAGACACAAAAUUUUCAGCAGAUAGUGGUCUGCAGGAGGUUUUAGAUGAACAUAAGAUCAGUCUGAGGAGGAGAUGUGAACGUGUGACUGAAGGAACUGAUGGAACAGGAAGUGAAACCCUCCUCAACACGAUCUACACUGAGCUCUACAUCACAGAGGGACAGAGUGAAGAGGUUAAUACACAACCUGAGGUGAGGCAGAUGGAGACAGCUUCCAGGAUGGAGACCCCCCAUGACACUCCAAUCAAGUGCCACGAUAUCUUUAAAGCCUUACCUGAGCAACAGAGACGCAUCAGAGUCGUUCUGACGAACGGCGUCGCUGGCGUUGGAAAAACCUUCUCAGUGCAGAAGUUCACUCUGGACUGGGCAGAGGGCUCUGAAAACCAAGACGUCAGUCUGCUGGUUCUGCUUUCAUUCAGGGAGCUGAACCUGAUCAAAGAUGAGCAGUACAGUCUUCUCAUGCUGCUCCAUGUUUUCCAUCCAACAUUAAAGAAGGUCACAGCAGAGAAGCUCGCUGUCUGUAAAGUGUUGUUCAUCUUUGAUGGCCUGGAUGAAAGCAGACUUUCACUGGAUUUCAACAACAGGGAGGUCGUGUCUGAUGUCUCACAGAAGUCAUCUGUCAACGUGCUGCUGACAAACCUCAUCCAGGGGAAUCUGCUUCCCUUGGCUCUGGUCUGGAUAACUUCCCGACCUGCGGCAGCCAAUCAAAUCUCUCCUGCAUGUGUUGACAGGGUAACAGAAGUACGAGGCUUCACUGACGCCCAGAAGGAGGAGUACUUCAGGAGGAGAUCCAGUGAUGAAGAGCUGUCCAGAAGAAUCAUCUCACACAUCAAGACAUCCAGGAGCCUCCACAUCAUGUGUCAGAUCCCAGUCUUUUGCUGGAUCUCUGCUACAGUUCUGGAGCACAUGUUGACCACAGAGCAGACAGGAGAGCUGCCCAAGACCCUGACUGACCUGUACUCACACUUCCUGCUGGUUCAGACAAAGAGGAAGAAGCACAAGUAUGAUGAGGUACAUGAGACGAGUCCACAGGAACUGAUGAAAGCUGACAGGGAAGUUCUUCUGAAGCUGGGGAGGCUGGCGUUUGAACAUCUGGAGAAAGGAAACAUCAUGUUCUACCAAGAAGACCUGGAGAAGUGUGGUCUUGAUGUCACAGAGGCCUUGGUUUACUCAGGAGUUUGUACAGAGAUCUUUAAAAGAGAGAGUGUGAUCUUCCAGAAAACAGUCUACUGCUUUGUUCAUCUGAGCAUUCAGGAGUUUCUGGCUGCAGUCUACAUGUUCCACUGUUACACAGAGAGGGAGACAAGAGAGCUGAAGACUUUCCUGGGACAAGAUGACAGCCCAUCACUUGAUGUCCUCCUCAGUGAUGCCAUGGAGAAAUCCCUCCAAAGUAAAAAUGGCCACCUGGACCUGUUUGUUCGCUUCCUUCAUGGCCUGUCUCUGGAGUCCAACCAGAGACUCUUAGGAGGCCUUCUGGGUCAGACAGAGAACAGACCAGAAAUCAUCCAGAGAGCCAACAACAACCUGAAGGAGAUGAACACAGAUGAUAUCUCUCCUGACAGAAGCAUCAACAUCUUCCUCUGUCUGAUGGAGAUGAAGGACCGCUCAGUACAUCAGGAGAUCCAAGAGUUCCUGAAGUCAGAGAACAGAUCAGAAAAGAGACUCUCUGAGAUCCACUGUUCAGCUCUGGCCUAUGUUCUGCAGAUGUCAGAGGAGGUUCUGGAUGAGUUGGACGUGAAGAAGUACAACACAUCAGAGGAGGGACGACGGAGACUGAUCCCAGCUGUGGGGAACUGCAGAAAGGCUGUACUGAGUUCCUGCAGGUUGUCAGAGAUCAGCUGUGCUUCUCUGGCCUCAGCUCUGAAGUCCAACCCCUCCCAUCUGAGACACCUGGACCUGAGCUACAAUGAGCUGCAAGAUUCAGGAGUGAAGCUGCUGUGUGGUUUUCUGGAGAGUCCACACUGUAGACUGGAGACUCUGAGAUUGAGUUCCUGCAGUUUGUCAGAGAUCAGCUGUGCUUCUCUGGCCUCAGCUCUGAAGUCCAACCCCUCCCAUCUGAAACACCUGGACCUGAGUAACAACAACAAGCUGCAGGAUUCAGGAGUGAAGCUGCUGUGUGGUUUUCUGGAGAGUCCACACUGUAGACUGGAGACUCUGAGAUUGAGGUGCUGCAGUUUGUCAGAAAUCAGCUGUGCUUCUCUGGCCUCAGCUCUGAAGUCCAACCCCUCCCAUCUGAGACACCUGGACCUGAGUUACAACAAGCUGCAGGAUUCAGGAGUGAAGCUGCUGUGUGGUUCUCUGGAGAGUCCAUACUGUAGACUGGAGACCCUGAGAUUGAGUUUCUGCAGUUUGUCAGAGAUCAGCUGUGCUUCUCUGGCCUCAGCUCUGAAGUCCAACCCCUCCCAUCUGAGACAUCUGGAUUUCAGUGACAACAAGCUGCAGGAUUCAGGAGUGAAGCUGCUGUGUGGUUUUCUGGAGAGUCCACACUGUAGACUGGAGACUCUGAGAUUGAGUUUCUGCAGUUUGUCAGAGAUCAGCUGUGCUUCUCUGGCCUCAGCUCUGAAGUCCAACCCCUCCCAUCUGAGACACCUGUACCUGAGUGAAAACAAGCUGCAGGAUUCAGACCUGAAGGAUCUGUCUGAUCUUGUGAAGAGUCCAGACUGUAGACUGCAGACUCUGAGCUGGAGGGAGCGAGCUUUCCAAAUGUGAGAGUGAAGAGGACGGUGUGUGUGUUGAGAGAGGACGAGCUGUGUCCUGAUGAUCCAGAGAGGUUGAAGCAGCAGCAGUUUGUGUGUGUGUGUGUAGAGAGAGGCUCUGAUUGGUCCAUGUUAC